CAAUAACUUUCACAACCACCGAAGCCCUCGGAAACGGAACAAUUCUUCUAGUUUGGACACAUCUGUUUCUUUCGGAUUAAAUGACAAAUCAAAUGUCUUAAUUUGACUCGUAUAAGGAGCGGUUUCGGUUUGUAUAAAUUUACGCCUUCAUAAGAACCAGAAACGACAACUUCCUUGAAUAUGUCAGCUAGUUUAGACCUGUGGAAUAUUCCACUGAGAGCGCUGAAUAUCAACGUGAGAAAAAGAUUGGGACUGUUUUUAAAUCCGAGAAACACCGUGGCAUCAGACUGGAUGUCUGUCGCAGAAAACAUGGGUUUCUCUUAUUUAGAGAUCAAGAAUUACGAGGACUGCCAGGACCCAACACGGAAGAUUCUAGAGGACUGGCAAGCACGUUGUCCCGGAGCCAAAGUUGGAAAGUUAGUUUCAAUUCUGGAUAACGUGGACAGAAAGGACGUUGUGGAGGACCUCCGAGUUCUCAUUGAGGAGGACUGUAGGAGGUACAUAGAGAGACAGAAUGAGCCCCCAGUCCAGGUUCCUGAGGUGGACAGCUGUGUUCCCAGAACCCCGGAGAGACAAGGCAUCACCCUUGAGGAUGACCCAGAAGGGGGUAUACCGGAGCUGUUUGAUGCCUUCAUCUGCUACUGUCAGAGUGACUUUGACUUUGUCCAUGAGAUGAUCCAACAGUUGGAGCAGACGGACCACAAGCUGAAGCUGUGUGUGUUUGACCGGGAUGUCCUGCCUGGAUCGUGUGUCUGGACCAUCACCAGCGAACUCAUCGAGAAGAGGUGUAAAAGGAUGGUGGUGGUGAUAUCUGAUGAGUACCUGGACAGUGAUGCCUGUGACUUCCAGACAAAGUUUGCCCUCAGUCUCUGUCCUGGUGCGCGGAGCAAGCGACUGAUCCCUGUGAAGUAUAGGUCUAUGAAAAAACCUUUCCCCAGUAUCCUGAGGUUCCUGACGGUGUGUGACUACACACGACCCUGUACACAGUCCUGGUUCUGGGUCCGGCUGGCCAAGGCCCUCUCCCUGCCCUGAAUGGAUCGUACAGACUUACAGCAACCAAUCAGCACAAGGGGCCUGCCCCUCUCCAGCGGGAACAGGAAGAGUACAUGUCAGCUCGGUGGUA